UAAAAAAAUCUAUUUCUCUAGAGGUUUUUCGUUGAGAAAUUGAUAUAGAUCCACCGUCUCAUUGAUUCAUUACCCCUCUGUGUUCAAGCUUCCCUAAUUUAUAUGCAAAACCCUAGACCGAUAGAUGGAUGAAGCAAAGCAAAAGAUGUCUGACUAUCUGCCUGAAGAGCUGUGGGUUCAAGUGUUGGUCCGGUUCCCAGUGAAGUCGCUCUUGCGUUGCACUGCCGUUUGCCGGUCCUGGAAGGCUCUCAUCGAGAGCCCGUAUUUCAUCUCCGCGCAAUUGCGUUUUAAGCGCCAGGAAUCGCAAUCGCAGAAUUCUUGCUUUCUGGUACGCGAUUGCAUUGCUUCGAGGAAGGAGAACUAUGAAUUUUAUCGUGAUGAUCGGCAUUCUUUAGUUAAAUUUGGUGAGAUCGAAUCUCCUUUCUCUGUCUUGGGCAGGCAUUUUGAAAUUGUUGGUACCUGUGAUGGAUUGUUGUGCCUUUCUGAUGAGGACCGCAGGUGUGAUUGUAGCGUGAUUCUUUGGAACCCCUCUGUGCGAAAAUCUGUGUGCCUUCCCAGCGCGAAUCUUAGGAGUUCUCGUGGAAAUGUGAAACACUCGUUAGGGUUUGGGUUUGACCCGGUUAGUAAUGACUAUAAGGUGGUGAGAGUUGUGAGUGUGGUGAAUGGAGGCUGUUGUGCUGAGAUUUUUAGGUUAAGCACACAUAUGUGGGAGAACAUUAGAGAUAGCACAAUUGCAAAAUACGAUUUUCUAAAACCUGAACAAGCAUAUCUAGAUGGGAUGGUGUAUUGGCUUGGAAAGAUUGAUGAGACCAAGGAGAGAAAGAUGGUAUCAUUUGACUUGAGCAAGGAGAGGUUUGAGGAAAUGGAGUUGCCAGAGAACUUGGCAUGGAGGGGGAAUUUCGCCGAUGGUAAUGUUUGUGUUGGUAUAUACAUGGGAUCACUCGCUGUUAUUGUGGUUGGGUCGUGGGAGUGUUGUAUAUGGAUAAUGAAAGAGUCAUGGACAAAGCAAGUAUCUUUUGGGUGUCAUCGGAACUUCGGGUGGCAUUUUGGAUUUAGGGAAAAUGGUGACAUUCAGUUUAUGCAGGCAUUCGGACGCUGGGAUUCUUUUAACCCUACAACCCUAAAAUCCAAAUUUCUUGAACUGCGCCCUUUCACAAGCUCCUAUCUUUUACGGUCUUCUUUCUAUGGAACUCCUUAUGUGGAAUCCGUUGUUUUUUUGGACAAGGGUUGUGAGUUUAAUGACUCUGCCACCGGCAGUAGUGUCUCUCGGCAAGAAUUGUUGCUUUUAUUCAGUGGUGAGAGUGAUGCCGAGCACUCAAGGAAGAGUGAUUCUGAGCAAUCAAGUGAAAUUGAAAGAGAAAGUCAUACUGAGCAAUCAAGUGAAAGAGAAAGUGAUACUGAGGAUAACAUUGAAUGAUAUUCUGCAUGGUUAACUGAUGCCAUGGCAGUGGAUCAUAUAUGCUAUCCUACAUAUUGAAUUCUUGCACUAGUUGCGAAUGUCUGAUAGUGUGGCAUUCUAAUCUUUUGUACUAAAUCUUCUAGCUAGCGUCUUGGAUACUAGAGAAAGAAAUAGGAAGUUUGGUUGGUCUUGAAUUCCAAAACUUUGUUAUUGUGAAACAGAUAUUACAUUUAGUCUACAAGAUUUUCAUCUUUGAUCCAAAUGGAUGUUGAUUGCACUA